GCGCGCGAUCACAACGGGACGCGAAACGUCAGUGCGCGAGCGUGAGGCAGUGGCGGCGGCGUGCACUUCGCAGAGCAGACGGACGUUUCUCUUCGUCCUCUGCGCCCUUGUACUUUUUCGCGGACUCCUGGGCUUCCGGGUUCUUACAAGGUUCAUUCUUUCGCGGGGCUCAAAAGCUGGCGACCGGCCCAAGAUGAGCCUGACCCAAAAACUGCGGGAGGUGAUGAAGGCCAUCGGCAGUGUCCACGGUUUUGACAGAGUUUUGGAAAAGGUGACUCUUGUCUCUGCUGCUCCUGGGAAAGUGAUUUGUGAACUGAAAGUAGAAGAGGAGCAUACCAAUAAGAUGGGCACUCUUCAUGGAGGGUUAACAGCUACCUUAGUGGAUAGCAUAUCAACAAUGGCUCUGCUCUGUACAGAAAGGGGAGCACCUGGCGUCAGUGUCGAUAUGAACAUAACAGUCCACGUAGUCACUCAACAAUGUUCCUCACAUCAAGAUCUAAAUUCAAGAGCGCAUGGUGAAAACGCCAACUAAAGUUCUGAUUUUUUUGGGUCAUUUUUAAAAAACCUCUGCACCUUUAUUUCCACUCUUCAAAAUCAGAAGUAUUUAAAGCAAAUUUAAGACGUCUUGGAACUUCUAAUCUAUGAAUCACUAUCUUAUUACAAUUGAAAUGCUAUUUUUGUUAUAUGCUGAUUUCCUCCUAUUAUCGUGGUCCAGCAUAUUAAUUUCCAAAGUCCAAAAAACCUCUGCCAGACCAGUACAUGGUAUUUCCAGUCUUCCUCCCACCCCCAACCACUAACUGUGGUGAUCUCUUGUUCGAGUAAGCCAGAUUAAACUUCCUAUGAGUUGCAGAAAUUUAGAAGGUUGGCAAAAAUAGUCUCUUCUACUUUGUUUCUUAUUUAUUAGGGGGUAUGAUGUUAGUUCUCCUCCCAUAAAGAAAAACCCAACAAACAGUAAUAUAAAACAUUAUUCACAGCAAUAAUGUACACCAUUAUCAGCCUAAUACCACAUAAGUUAUCAAUGCUUUAUUUAAAGCCAACUUUUAAAGAAAUUUAUGACCACUGUAACUACUAAUUCUUGGGGGUGGGGGUGGGGGCUAUGCAAGCUUAAACUUGCCAAACUUACCAAAUCAAGACUUAA